UGACAGUUCUACUUCACCCGUCCCCAGGAGACACGAUGCACGCAUGGGGUGCAUGGCUAAUGGCGCCUCCUCCAUCACCCAGCAACGCGCAAACGCGUCGCGGGCGGCGCUGUGGACCCCGGCCUGCACCUGCUUCCGGCUUAAAUCCCGCCCUGCACCGCCAGCCAUGGCUUUGCCGAGCCCUCCUCAUCCUUCCUCCACCAUGACACUGCUCUGCGGCGCACUGGUGUUCCUGGUCGCAGCCGCUCUCGGUGUCAGAGCAGAUGACCCUUACCGCUACUUCACCUGGACCGUCACCUACGGCCCCAUCUCCCCUCUCGGAGCUCCGCAGCAGGGUAUUCUCAUCGACGGGCAGUUUCCCGGUCCUCGCCUCGACUGCGUCACCAACGACAACAUCAUCAUCAACGUCAUCAAUCAGAUCGACGAGCCUCUGCUCUUGACGUGGAACGGAAUCAAACAGAGGAAGAACUCGUGGCAAGACGGCGUUCUGGGAACCAACUGCCCCAUUCCUCCCAAAGGAAACUUCACCUACAAGUUCCAGACCAAGGACCAGAUCGGUACCUUCACGUACUUCCCCUCCACCGGGCUGCAGAGGGCUGCCGGUGGCUUCGGUGCCUUGAACGUGUACUCGAGGCCACGCAUCCCGGUCCCGUAUGCCCCCCCGGCCGGCGAUUUCAGCUUGCUCGUCGGCGACUGGUACAAGACCAGCCACAAGGCAUUGCAGAAAACUCUGGAUUCAGGAGGCCCUCUGCCAUUCCCUGACGGUCUUCUGAUCAAUGGAGCAGAGAAAACGAGUAGUUUCGCUGGAGAUCAAGGGAAGACGUACCUCUUCAGGGUUUCCAAUGUCGGCUUGAUGACCUCCAUCAACUUCCGGAUACAGAGCCACAAGAUGAAGCUCGUGGAGGUCGAGGGAUCCCACACGCUUCAGAACGACUACGACUCACUCGACGUCCAUGUAGGCCAAUCCUUGUCGGUGCUGGUGACCCUCGACCAGGUCCCCAGGGACUACUACAUCGUCGCCUCCACUCGCUUCACGAGGAAGGUCCUCGUGGCCACCGGCGUCCUCCAUUACAGCAACUGCAACUCCGGCCUCGCUGGCCCUGUCCCCGAAGGUCCGGGGACAGCCGGCUUCCAUUGGUCCAUGCUGCAAGCAAGAACCUUCAGAUGGAACCUGACGGCGAGCGCAGCACGGCCGAAUCCCCAGGGCUCGUACCACUACGGCAACAUAACAAGAACGAGGUCGAUCGAUCUGGCCAAUUCAGCUGCUGUGAUCAGCGGGAAGCAGCGGUACGCCGUCAAUGGCGUCUCCUUCGUCGUGCCCGACACGCCGCUGAAGCUGGCGGACAACUUCAACAUCACCGGCGUCUUCACCUGGGACACCAUUCCCAUCCCACCCAGCGCCGCUCCGGCGGUGCCCGGCACGCCGGUCCUCCGCUUCAAUCUGCACGACUUCAUCGAGGUCAUCUUCCACAACGCUGAGAACACCACCCAGACAUGGCAUCUCGAUGGCCACGAUUUCUGGGUCGUCGGAUAUGGCUCAGGAAAGUGGACGCCGGAGCUCCGGAAACGCUACAACUUGAUCGAUGCGAUCACGAGACAUACGGUUCAAGUUUACCCCAGUGGCUGGUCUGCGAUAUUGGUGUCUUUGGAUAACCAGGGAACGUGGAAUCUGAGGUCUGCAAUGUGGGCAAGGCAGUACACGGGGCAGCAACUCUACAUCAGAGUGUGGACCUCUGAGAAGAGCUACUCGAAUGAGUAUGACAUCCCUCACAAUGCUCUCUUCUGCGGAAAGGCUACCGGUCUGCAUGCAUGAUGGAUCUCUUGAAGCAGUAGUGUUUGGUAUUAGCUGUUAGUCUCUGUCACGAAGGUGUGACUGCAAAAGGAAGCAACGUUUCCAUGACUUUGUACCCCUCCUAUCUUCUUUUAGUUCUACCAAACAUGAUUGAUGUUAUUGGUGUACUCGAGUUUCUUUGUGAGAGACAAAGGUGUAGUUUCCUCUCUUUUACAGCUAUUUAAACUAUGAGAGGCUAGCUUUUUAAUCAUCA